UUUCCAUGACGUCACGAGAUCAAGCUAACUGCGUAAAGGUGGUGGUGUGGUGUUUUUUUCUCCGUAAAACAGAAUUUUACUCAAAAUAUUUGAUAGUUUACCGGAACCAAAAUAAACAUGUCUGCCCAGGAGCAGAUGCGUAAAAUGCUCGACGAGCUUAUGGGAACAACCAGGAAUGCUUUCUUUGGCCCGUCUGUUGUAGGAUCACAAUGUUUGACAGCAUCAAAAGAAAGUGUCUUCUAUUACGACAAGCAGUUGCCGUGAGGAGGAAGCCAUCAACCAUGUCAGCUUUGAGAGUCCACGGGUCUGCCGUGCGUUCCUGCUCAACGCUUGCCCUCAUGAUAUUCUGGAAGGCACGAGAAUGGACCUGGGUGCUUGCAACAAGGUUCACGACCCAGCGCUGCGUGCUGACUAUGAAAGCGCCUCCCAAAAUAGGGAAUACGGCUAUGAUGUGGAUGCUAUGCAGCAGUUGAGUGUCUUCAUUGCCGAGUGUGAUCACCGCACAGAGAUUGCCAAGAAACGACUGGCCGAGACCCAAGAGUCUCUCAGCCAAGAAGUGAAUUCCAAGGCAAAUCGCGUCCAUCUCCUGGCCGAGGAGAUUGGCAAGAAGCUGGCUGAUGCCGAAGCCAUGGGAGAGAAGGGAGACGUGGAGGAGUCUAUGAAGAUCAUGGCCGAGGUGGAAGAAAUCAAGAAGAAAAAAUUUGAGGCAGAGGAGGAGUACAAGAACUCAAUGCCGGCAUCCACCUACCAGCAGCAGAAGCUGCGUGUCUGCGAAGUCUGCUCAGCCUACCUGGGACUGCAGGACAACGAUCGUAGACUGGCCGAUCACUUCGGCGGGAAACUCCACCUGGGUUUCAUCGAGAUCCGAGAAAAACUGCAGGACUUGAGAACCCGAGUUGCUGAGAAGAAGGAAGCCUACGAAGCUGAGCGAGCCGAACGGAGGAAGGCCCAGGAACAGGAACGUCUGGACAGAGAGAAGGAGCGAGAGAAGGAACGUAGGGAACGCAGAAGGAGGUCUCGUUCACGUUCCGGUUCCCGAUCAACCAGGCGACGCUCACGGUCUCGCUCAAGGAAACGCUCCCGGUCACGAUCCAGAGACCGCCGACGCAGGUCACGAUCACGCUCCCGAGACAGACGCCGCAGCUCUCGCGACCGAGACCGUCGUCGCCGAUCUCGCUCCCGGGACCGCCGUCGCAGAUCACGCUCUCGGGAACGCCGCCGCCGUUCUCGCUCACGCUCCCGUUCUCGUGACCAUCGUCGCAAAUCUCGCUCUCGAUCCCGCGACCGCCGACGCUCGUCGCGGGACAGAGAUGAGGAAAGGCGCAGCCGACGCUCCCGGUCUGAUUCCCGUGAGAGAAAGUCGCACUCCAAGUCGGAAAAGGCCGAGUCCUCGCCAGCACCACCAGAACCGACCAACGACGAGGAAUUGGCUCAAGACAAGAGUCCAGGAGCCGAGGAUGUUCCCCAACCAGCAGUGGAAAGCCCCGAAGCUGUUUCUCAAAACGGAGUGGAUAGCCCUCCACCUAAAGACAACACCUUAAUGGAAGAGGGAGAAAGAGGUGAUAGCCCUUGAAAGAAAUUAAUAUUCUCACAUGUCUUGUUCUCGUUUGUAAAGUCGGGAGCCAAUUUUUAUUUGAACUUCUGAUAAAAAAUGUUCAUUGCGGUACAGAGAAGCUUUCAAUAAAGCCUCUUUAGGAGUUUAAUAGUAUUGUGUGAAGUUAACUCCUAGUCAUUCUCCAAUCCUACCUCAUGCAAAAUUGAAUUGGGCUUGACAUUUCCUAUUUUCGGCUCCUAAUUUUCUAUACAUACAUUUGAUUUUCGGUUCACUGAACAUUCUUUUCCAAUCCUAGCUAGCAAGAAGGGCAACCUCUUUUUUUCUUAUUCAAAAAAAUAAUACAGAUGUAAAUAAAAAAAAUUAAGGGUCAAUAUUUCUUUCUUUUUUAAAGUUGAGCUCUGAAUAUUCGCAUUCUGGUUAGUGUAAAACAGUUUUGUUGCUCUAUUUGUAAAUGACAGCCUUUUAGAUUCCUCUAAAAAAAACACAAUAAAGCCCCCUCCCCCAACAAAAAGUAGAUGAAUUGUAAAAAAUAAGUGGCAAAAGCCUUUACUUGUUCCAUUUUAAUGUUUGUAUCUUGUGAUGUGGUAAUUCCUUCCAUUAAAAAUAUCACUGACUUAAUUAAA